CAUGAGCCGAACCAUAUCCUUCAUGGGCCCCUAUGUAUUACUCACUAUUCACCUCUCUCUCCCUCCCUCCCUCUUAACUCUUUGAUCUCUACAAAGAAUCUCAAAGCCACCAUUUUCUUCACUCUCUAGAGAGAGAGAGAGAGAGAGCUAGAGGUGAGAGAAGCCAAUUAUAACUCCAAGAUUCAUUUUUGGCUCAUCUUUUUCAUUUUGAUGGGUUCCUUAGAGUCAACGUCGAGAGAAGAACCAAAUCAACAAACAGCGUUCUUCUUGAAUCUGUGUAUGUAUAGUUUGUUCUAAUUCUAGGGUUUAUAUCUUUCCUGUUUCUGGUCAAAGAAAGAAGGCACCGACCAUCUGAAAUCCGACGGACUUCGGGAAAAAGAUUUGAAAUUCGACCUCAAGAAUAUGUCCUCGAGCAUGCCGUGUAUACACAUCCCUCUCUUAUAAGAUCUCGAGUUAUGUACAACUAAUCACGAUGAAGAACAACAACAAGAACCCAGUACCAACAAUCCAAGAACAAGAAAUGGGCUCAGUCUUCAUCAAGAACCAUUGACCAGCCUCAUUCACCGAGCAAGAAGAGCAAGAUCUCGUCGAAAACUGGGGUAAUUCUCAUGGAUCUAUCACUAGCGACCACAGGUUCCGACCAAGAACAAGACAGAGAUCAAGAAAUCGCCGACAAAAACAUGAACCUACCAGUUCCGGUGGAGAAGGAACACAUGUUCGACAAGGUCGUGACGCCGAGCGACGUGGGGAAACUGAACCGUCUGGUGAUACCGAAGCAGCAUGCGGAGAAGCACUUCCCGCUGGACCCCUCAUCGAGCCAAAACGGCACGCUGUUGAGCUUCCAGGACAGGAACGGCAAGAUGUGGAGGUUCCGUUACUCGUACUGGAACAGCAGCCAGAGCUACGUCAUGACCAAAGGAUGGAGUCGCUUCGUCAAAGAGAAAAAACUCGACGCCGGAGACAUCGUGUCGUUUCAACGUGGUGUCGGCACCGAAUCCGAGAAAUCGAGGCUUUUCAUCGAUUGGAGGCACCGUCCCGACAUCAACCUCUUAAACAAUCCGACAAUACCCUCUUCGUCGUUCCUCCAUCAUCAUCAUCAUCAUAACCAGUUCGGUAAUUUUAAUUUUAAUUUCAAUUUCCCAACGUCGGUCAACGGCAACCGACUACCGGAGCAUUCCGUUCCCCGGAGCUUGAAUUUCGGAGUUCGUGGCAAUAUGUAUCAGCAGCAGCAUCAGCAACAUCAGUACUACCGUCAAGAACGAGAGAUCGUAGGGUAUGGUUAUGGUAGUUUUGUCGGUCGGUGCUGGCCGUUGGACCAGCGGAACUUCGGUGGAUCAGAGCCGUUGGUGAUCGACUCGGUCCCGGUUGUUCCCGGGACGAUAUCUCCAGCAGUUAUGGCGGUGCCGCCGCCAUCUGAAGUGGCUGCCGCCGGGAAGAGGUUGAGGCUGUUUGGAGUGAACAUGGAGUGUGGUACGGACGAUCACUAUUCUCCCUCUUCAUCUUCCGGGAGAGAUAUAGUGGAUGAAUCUUGGGUUCGGGAAGGCGGCGGGCCACGUGGCGAAAUGGGCGCAUCGUCUUCUUCUUCUUCGGCUAUGAGGCUAAGUUUGUCAAUUGAUGAUGAUCAAUAUGCAAAGAAAGGGAAGUCUCUGUCUUCCUUUUCUCUUGAUUUGGAUUCAUGAUUAGAACUCUACUUGGACGCGAAGGUAUAUAUGAGAGUUCUUCAAUUCAAGACAAGCCAAUUAGCUGUAGAGUUUAUUUUCACCAUCCUUUUUUCUUCUCCCUCUUCCUUUUUAAUCCGAUCUUCUUUUGGGUUAAAAUCAUCGGAUUUUUAAUUGCAAAGGGAAUUAGAUUCCCAGUGAGAGGGAAGGUUUCGUUCGUUCAUUAAUGGAGUUUUGUUUCAAGUUGUUCUUCAUAUUCAGUGUUUUUAGUUUAUUACUAUGUUGAGACCUGAACAUUGCAAUUAUGUAUAUAAAUGUUUAAAAUACAUGAAAUU